AUGGCGGCGCAACAGACGCUGGAUCUGGAGCUGACACCGCGCGGAGCCACCCUGGGGCUGGUCAGGAGGGUCUACUUCCAGCGCGACCUUCCGCGCCAGAUGAGGGGCGCUGCGGCCCAGGACCGAGGCGGUGCCCUGGCCUCGGCGGUGGGCGAUCUGGCCCGGAGACUGCUGGGCUCCAGCUGCAAGUUUUAUUCCCAAGGUCUACUGGAAGCCUUGCAGGCGAUAUGCAGGCGCUGGUCCCCUUGGAGGUACAAAGAGGCGUACACGGACCAGGGGCUUCUCGGCUAUUGCCUGGACAACCUGGAUUACUGUAACGGGCCGGUGGCGACCAGGGUCGUACUUUUGGACCUCUGCAGCAUGAUCUAUCCGGUGGAGAUUCACAAAGUGAUGAUCGCAAAAACCUCGGCGAGCGACAUCUUCGAGAGGGAGCCCCGUUCCGCGGCCGACAGGUGGCAGCACCUGGAGGGCGAGCGGGUGGCCGCCGCGGCCGAGCGGUUCCUCCAGGUGACCCUCAAGAUGCUGAACGUCCUCGCGCACCUGGUCGACGAGGUGAACCCCAACGUGCACCUGAACAAGGGCAUAGCGCUGCCCGGCAGCCCGGUCAGGAGGAAGACUCAAGAUCCGACGCCGAAGAAGAGCGGCAACGCCGCGCCAGAGGCGGACGAGAAGGGCCCGCUGAAGAAGAAGGCGCCUUCGCCCCCCACCAGCCUCAAGGCGAACUUCGCCGGCCACUUCUACAACGAGCCCUUCUAUAUGAAGCUCUACGAGAACUUGAGGGCCAUGUACUCCAACCAUAAGAUCAACCUGGACCCGAAGGGCAGCGUGUUCCACCAGUUCCUGGCCACGGUGCUCCACUGCCUCGCGGUGCAGCUGGAGCUCUCGACGGAGCGCGAGCUGGGCCCGGCCACCGAGGAGGUGCUCUACUACCUGAGGGCGCUGAUGCCGCUCUGCCCCGCGCUCACCGUCUACUGCGUCACCCAGCUCCUCAAGUGCCUCUUCGGCACCAACAUGCUCAGCCAGUACUCGGACUACACGAGCAUUUGCGAUCCGUUGCGGCCGCCGUCAAAAACGAGCUUCUACCGCCACGUGCUGCUGGUGGAGCCCAUCCGAGGGUCAGAGGAGACCACCGGCGGCAGCUCCUCGCGCGGCCACCAAGCGGAAGACGAGGAAACGGCUGACGAGAGGAGGCUGCUCAUAGCGCUGGAGAACUUCUCCAAGAACAAAUCUGACAGGAAGUGGAGCUCGAACAAGAAGGAGCUGGAGAGGUACAUACGGCUGUUCGAGCCCGUAGUCAUCCAGGCCCUGAAGAGUUACACAAUGCAGAACGACAUACCGCUGCAGUGCGAGGUGCUAUCGCUGCUUAACCAGUUGCUGGCGCUGAGGGUGAACUACUGCAUGCUGGACAGCGACCAGAUCUUCAUCGGCUUCCUCAUGAAGCAGCUGGAGCUGGUGGAGCAGCACGAGAUACCGAACUGUUGCGAGCUCGUGAACAGCAUUCUGCUGUUUUUGGUUCAACUCUCCUCUUCGAAACACCACACGAAGCAGCUAAUAGAGAUUCCGAAGCUGAUCCAGCUCUGCGACGGUCUGAUGGCAUCUGGCGCGCACUCUGAGUGCAUAGCGGGCCUCGAGCCGGUGGCAGUCAGGAUGUUCAGCAACAUGGGCGGUGGCAGUGUUCUGGGCCGUGCCCAGCAGCAAGAGGCGCAGGCGACCAAGGAAGUUCUAUUCUACAUGCUCCAGAAGACGAUGCAUCAGCGUAAAGUGCUGGAGCUGGCCGCGUGCGUGGUGCACCUGGCGCGCGCCCAGCCGGAGGGCUGCGGCCGCUGGUCGGAGCUGGGCGCGGACACGCUGCUCAAGCUGCUCGAGCGGCGCAGCGUCACGCUGGAGCAGCGCGGCGCGGUGGCCGCCCUGGAGCGCUUCGUGGCCGCCCUGAGCCGCGACUCGAUGCUCGACCAGCCGCGCGUCGAGCGGAUGCUCGGCGUGCUCUUCCAGGCGCCGCCCGACCAGGAGACCGCGCCCCGCAAGCACAAGCUGCGCUACCUCGCCACCGUGCUGGUGCUGCUCAAGCGCGCGCUGACGCUGAUGCCCGAGAGCGAGGUCCUGCUCUCCGUGGACUACCUGAAGGGCAGCCGCGUCUCGCCGAGCGCGCUCUUCUUCAGCGCCCCGCCCAGCGCCCGGGACCCGCUCGACGUGGGCGGGCUGGACGACAGCUGCGCCGGCCUGCCGCCCGACGUGCUGCUCGCCCGCUACCUGCUGCGGCUGCUCACGUACGCCGUGCGCGAGGCGGGCGGGCGCCGCGCGGGGGCGGGCGCGGAGGCGGAGGCGGGAGCGGAGGCGGAGGCGGAGGCGGAGGCGGACGUCGACCGGCUGAUGUACGCGGUGUGCGUGGGCGUCGUGGUGCAAGUGAAGCAUAUGAUUCAUUUGACGGACGGCUGCCACUUCCCCCUGACGGCGAAGACCGCGCAGAAUCUGCUCCACAACGAGCAGAGCGGCCUGAACACGGGCCUCUACAGUCCCGAGGAGAACAUUCCGCUGGACGAGCUCAACGCGAUCUGCCUCAGGGCCGCGCACCGGCUGCCCCUGCUCACCGUGCACUGGACGCAUCUGCUGAUCAGGCUGAAUUUCCUCUCGGAGAAGCAGUGGCAUCGGCUACCGGCAGACGCAGACGAUAUACUGCAAGUUGCCUCGGUGCUCGCCUACUGCGAGCAUUUUGUGGAGAACGGCCUGACCCAAGCCGUGCACCUCUCUUGGCUGCUGGUGAACAGAGUCCACAUAUUGAUAAGCCAGCACGGAGAGGAGAUAGUGCAGAAUCUUAUAGCGAGAGUGCAAGAGAACUCUGUUGCCUCUGGUCUGUUGUUGCAGGCGAUCGCCGCCAGAUGUCAGGGCUGCCUAAAGGGCGAAUUUGCGCUGAACGCGUACAAAGUUGUCUCGCUCUGCCACGAGAGCCAGUCGGGACCGCUGAUAUUCCUCAUCUGCCGCACCGUCGGCAAACUCGAGCCCGCCGUCGGCAUUAGAUUUGCCAACUUAGCGAUGGAAAGGUGCAAGAUGUUGGCAGAACUUGCUGCCGACAAGAUAAGCCUGCAGCUCUCUAAGGAAGAUUUGCAGGUCGCGAUGGAAUCUCUACAAAGGGACAAGGUACACAUACGAUACCCAGCGCUGGUGGUUGAGCUGAACCGGCUGGCCAGCAGCUGCUUCGACCUGUCCCCGCUGGAGCUGACCCUGGACCGCGUGGUCAACCCCCAGAACGUCCUCACCACCAACGUUGACCCCGGCUGGCUGCUGAACGAGGUCAAAAUAAGGUGUCGCACCAGCUGCUCCUUCACGAGGCUGUCGAAUUACAACGACCUCGCCCUGGUCCUGUCCAACCUGGCGAGGGAGGACCUGCAAACUGUCAUGUCGUGCCCGGAGUUUGACAGGAGAAUCCUCUCCUCGUGCUUCACCGUCGCCUGCGACAGCUUCAUAAGGGAGUUCCUGAGCAUCCUCUCGGUGCGCGAGGCGAAGGAGAUGGAGAUAGAGGCGGCGCGGGAGAGGGAGCUCGUCAGGGAGGGGGCCGAGAUGACGUCAUCGAUGGACAGCAACCGGCUGAACGUGGUGAACUCCCUCCACGUGUUCAAGAGGAGCGACAGCAGGGAGGCGAGGUCCCAGUUCUUCAUUCCAAUAAACGAGACGGAGAAGGGUGACGGCUUCGGCAACUUGAAGCUGGCGGAGGAGGAGAUCGAGCUCACCGUGCCCGAUAUGCCUGAUCUGUACCAAGUCUCCCUUCUAGCCCUGGACAGGUCGAUGGGCGAGAUCCUGAGGCUGUUCCCCAAGCAGAACCGGCCGCUGAGCCAGUCGGAGAACUUCAGCCUGAACGUCGAGCAGACGAUGGACAGAUACACGAGGCGCUGCCACCAGGUGUUCCAGGACAAGCUGUUCCACCAGGAGUUGAUGACCGUCCACGCGGCCCUCGCCGGCUUCCUGGGCUGUCUCGGCCGCACCAUAGCCGCCCUCGACCAGGCGGACUGCGACCUCCUGGAGAAGUGCAUAGAGAGCAUCCUCCCGGCCAGUCUGACGCGGAACGUGGCGAUACUCUGCGUGCUCUCCCUCCAGUACAUCUCGUUCCUGAUCAAGAACAAGGAAGAAGUGGAGACGCCUCUAAACGCCGAGGUCUCGUUCAGAGCCGCCAACGCCGAGGCGGAGUGCGUCGUGGUGGAUCAAGUUGUGCUGGUCGCGGUGGCGAACGUAGCCAACGCGCUGAGCUUCGACGAGAUCUGGUCGCAGCUGAACACAGAUAGCAACGCCAACCGCACGCAGUCCGCCAUAAGCUGCCUUUACGCCGUCCUCAAGUAUUUGGUCAAGGAUACCAAGCCGCUGGUGCCCAAGCAGUACAUGCCCGCCCAAGACGCCGGCCCCAAGUCGGACUUUGUGCUGACAUGCGACAAGCUCAUCACCAUGGUGCAGUACUGGGAGCAGAACUUCUGCACGGGGAGCAACGGCACCGUCCUACCGAAGAGAUUCAGCCGACCCAUUGAGAGCUUGCUCGUUAGUCUGUGCAGACUGGAGAUGGUCACCAACAUAGCGCUCAUACCGCCCUUGGCGUGGUCCUACGUGGAGGUGACUGUGAAGAACGAAGUGAUACAGAAGAUCGAUCUGCCCCUCCAAGCGCUGCAGGACAUGGAUGUCUUGGAGUCCUUCCUGUUCAGAGUGAAUCUUAUAGGUUGGUCGUCGAAGAAGCAGUUCGAGGAGAUCUGGGUGGGGCUGCUGGGGGCGCUGCAGGGCAACGGCACCCACUGGGCGGUGAGGGGCAUCACGCAGCUGCUGGUCACCACCGCGCCGCGGCUGAGGGGCGGCGGCAUUUUGCACGCACCGCGGCGCCAUCUGCACCUCACCGAUGGCAUGCAACGCCUCCGUAACCUGCUCGUCGGUACAACCGCGUACAGAAUCUUCGAGGACGUGAACCUCGAGCGGGUUCCGCUUUCUUCUGACGGCUGCGACGGCUACCACUACGCCCAGUUCAGCACCGACUACCUCAAGCUGGCCUCGGACAUGACGGACGAGGCGCCUUUCAAAGUGCGCCGCGCGGUGAAGAGGAAGAGGAAGCGGGGGGAGGUGGACGUGAACAGCUGCCUCCAGCUCCUCAUGGACGUAACCACCGAGAUGCUGGAACCGAAGGCCGCGACCGGUCUGGCGGCGCGCACCGCCCUGCUGUCCGCCAUAGGGGGCGCGUGCGUCGCCUUCAGCAGCGGCGCACACUGGGCGUGGGCGGGGGCGCAGCUGGCGGCGCAGCCGGCGCGUGCGCACUGGCCGGCCGCCACGCGCGCACUGCUGCACGCGCUCGCCGUCUGCCUGCCCGUGCUCCAUCCCCCCCACGCGGCGCAUGCGAUUAUAAGACUUCCGUCACAUACAGAAAAGGUUGUUUUCCUUUGUAAGCGAGCCACUUGCUGCACGCGCUCGCCGUCUGCCUGCCCGUGCUCCAUCCCCCCCACGCGGCGCAUUGAAGCGGAUUUUGCUUGGCACUCGCGUGGAUUGUCUUGUGGCUCCAUCGGCGCAGGCGAUUAUAAGACUUCCGUCACAUACAGAAAAGGUUGUUUUCCUUUCAAAGCGAGCCACUUGCUGCACGCGCUCGCCGUCUGCCUGCCCGUACUCCACCCCCCCCACGCGGCGCAUGAGCUGUCGACGGUGCACCAGAAGCUGCUCAAGUCUCUGGGCUCGAGCUACGCCCCUCUGCGGCAGGCGGCGCUGCACGGCUGCCUGUUGCAGCUCAGCGGGCGCGCGCUCGCCCGGGACCAGGGCUGCCACGAGCUGGUCGCGCAGCUGAACGUGGCAGUGCGCCAGUACCUGGUGCCCGACACCAAGAUCUCGCUGUACGAGCAGAGUUUGUAUUGGACGGUCCUCUUCACCUUAGUGGAGUUGGGCAACCCUGAUCUCAUCACGAUCGCCGCUGACUUCGUCCUCAGCCACCCGAAACACUAUUGCACCGAACUCGUUGUCAGGGGUAUAACAUCGGUGCUCAGGCAGCAGAUACUGCCCAAGGACCUGAAGAACGGCCUAAUAGAGAAACUCCUGGACAAUAUGGGCAAAUACUCGGAGCAACACGCGAUCAUAAUUCUUAUGGUGCAUCUGUUUACUGUGGACAGCCGCCUGCUGUCCCCCAAAAUGGCGUCUGACGUGUCCAACAUGGACCCCGACGUGCUGAUGGGCUCCAUGGAGAGGAUCACGCUGCUCUACAAGACGCUGAAGCUCUCCGUGUCGACGGAGAGCAAGAGGAUACUGGCGGAAGUGCUCAAGUACUUCCUGCGGGAGACCCUUCCGCCGGCCGCGACCUUGAGCAAGGUCGUGAUGGAGUUCGUGGAGUGCUGCAAGCUGACCGAGGGCAGGGGCGGGCUGUUGAGCGACAGGCGCAAGUGGGUCCAGUGUUCGGUCCUCAACGCGCGGAUCGUGUACGAGGUGUUCGAGGCGGCCGUGUCCCAAGGUCAGCUGGCCGUGCUCAGCGGCUGGAUCUUCGAGGCGCUGUGCCACCUCCUCACCGGCAAGGUGUCUCCCCGUCUGCUGCCGUAUUGCGCUCUGGCGCUGGUCGUAGCCGCGAGUGGGCGCCGCCCCCUUCGGAGGGCCGCGCCAAUCGCCUGCCACGCCCUACGACGCGGCUUGGCCGCGAUUGGCGGAGCUCUCGAUGUGGGCGGGGCCUUUGGUUUCCGCGGCGCCGGAUUGGGCGGGCCGUGCGAGGGGGGCGGGUCGAUGCCCUUCCCCGAUAGGAGGCUGCUCUGCGUGGUCGCCACCCAUUCGGGCUUUAGUCAGCCGCAGCUGAAGCGCUUGAAAGAGCUGUGCGAGGCGAACGAGGGGCUCGGUUGCUUGAUGCAGUGCUUGAUUGCGCUGCAGGCCAAUUCCGAAGCGGCG